GUCCCUGACAUAUGUAGCAGUAGAUGGCCGGAAUGUUUUCGUAAGAACUGGAGGCGAGAAACAUGUAAAUCUAGUGAAAUAUAAAUGAACUGUCACUCUCAAGAAUGCUUCCUCUAAGGUGGAGUCAUAUCCAUGGAGGCAGUGGACUGGUGCGCUCGCUAAGGCCUUCUGGAUCCGUCGCAAGCAGAAUACCCCUAUAUCUAUGUGAAGAAAACCGAAAUGACACUCGGCAAGAGAGAUUCCUCCAUGUACAUAGUUGUGGAAGGAUUAUAUUUGAUAAUAGGAAAACUUUCCUAAAAGAGAACUUAUGGCCAUGUUCGAGAAUGAGCAGAACUAUCGCAACCACACCAGCAAAGCAGUUGUUUUGGGAAAGGGACCCAAAAGGUGGAUAUGGCAGCAAGGAAAAACGUAAUCACAAGGAACUCAUCCGCGAAGGCUUAAAAGAAUUACGAGUUGAAUUGUCCAAGUGGAAAGGGGAAGUGAUAGAGAAGUUUGAGGACGACCCAAUAAUUGUGAGGCCAGAAUGUCUUAUAGGUGACAUGGAUAAAGUCUGGAUUCUCAAGGACGAAGAACACUUGAAGAACUGGAUAGCAACGAGUGACAAAGACCACGGAGAAGGAUACAGUUCCUGCUCUCUCACACUCUCUCCCACAGGGCAUGGUUUAUUCUCAGGGCAAAUUAGUACUCAGGUUCCUAAAGAUGGGAGGGUGAAAAAAGCUGGAUACUGUAACAUGAAAUCUAUAAGACCAAGGAUGUCCUUUAAGCGUGAAAUUUAUUUGGACUGGUCUCUGUACAACCACCUAGAGUUACGCGUCAGAGGCGAUGGUAGAACAUAUCUCCUGAAUAUUUCUACAGCGGGUUAUUUUGACCUCCAUUGGAAUGAUAUGUAUUCUUAUCCCUUAUAUACAAGAGGAGGCCCUCACUGGCAGGUCACAAAGAUCCCAUUUUCGAAAUUCUUCUUGAGCAGCAAAGGCCGUCUCCAAGAUAAGCAGUGCCCGAUCCCCCUGCAGCGAGUUGUGUCUUUAGGUAUCUCAGCUGGCGAUCGCGUCAAUGCUCCCUUUAGACUUGAAAUUGAUUACAUUGGUGUAUAUAGUGACCCGGAUCACACAGAAGAAUUUGCUUAUGAAAUGUACAAAGUACCAAAAUAUAUUGUAGGGAAUUAGGACAUUUUCUCUGUGAAUGAAAUGUUAACUUAUAGUUUGUAUUGUAAUUUCAUAUUAUGUAAAAAUCAUGUUUGUACAGAGGUGCUGAAAACAGUGUGGACUAAGAUUAAUAAACUAUAGCUCUUUUUUUA